AAGUGGUGGGGGAGGGAUUUGCACCAGCCACAUAGAUCUUUGGUAGAGGAGGAAAUGGGAAAAUUAUUAACUUCAAAGCAUGCAGGCCGCGAGGUGCCCCACGGAUGAAUUAUCCUUGACCAACUGUGCGGUUGUGAAUGAAAAGGACUUCCAGUCUGGCCAGCAUGUGGUCGUGCGGACUUCGCCCAAUCACAGGUACACGUUCACGCUGAGGACCCACCCGUCUGUGGUUCCGGGAAGCAUGGCCUUCAGCUUACCUCAGCGAAAAUGGGCUGGACUUUCUAUUGGACAAGAAAUAGAAGUCUCCUUGUACACGUUUGACAAAGCUAAGCAGUGCGUGGGCACCAUGACCAUCGAGAUUGACUUCCUGCAGAAGAAGAGCAUUGACUCCAACCCCUAUGACACCGACAAGAUGGCGGCUGAGUUCAUCCAACAGUUCAACAACCAGGCCUUCUCGGUGGGGCAGCAGUUUGUGUUCAGCUUCAAUGAAAAGCUCUUCGGCCUGCUGGUGAAGGACAUCGAGGCCAUGGACCCCAGCAUCCUGAAGGGCGAGCCUGCCACGGGCAAGAGGCAGAAGAUUGAAGUAGGACUGGUGGUAGGAAACAGUCAAGUUGCAUUUGAAAAAGCAGAAAACUCAUCGCUCAAUCUUAUUGGCAAAGCUAAAACCAAGGAAAAUCGCCAGUCUAUCAUCAACCCUGACUGGAACUUUGAGAAGAUGGGGAUAGGUGGUCUGGACAAGGAGUUCUCAGACAUCUUUCGACGUGCGUUUGCCUCCCGAGUGUUCCCCCCGGAGAUUGUGGAGCAGAUGGGUUGCAAACACGUGAAAGGCAUCCUGUUGUACGGGCCUCCCGGCUGCGGGAAAACGCUCUUGGCUCGACAGAUCGGCAAGAUGUUGAAUGCAAGAGAGCCCAAAGUGGUCAACGGGCCGGAAAUCCUCAACAAGUACGUGGGCGAGUCAGAGGCCAACAUCCGCAAGCUCUUCGCCGAUGCUGAGGAGGAGCAGAGGAGGCUUGGUGCUAACAGUGGCUUGCACAUCAUCAUCUUUGACGAGAUUGACGCCAUCUGCAAGCAGAGGGGAAGCAUGGCCGGGAGCACAGGUGUGCACGACACUGUCGUCAACCAGCUGCUGUCCAAGAUCGAUGGCGUGGAGCAACUGAACAACAUCCUGGUCAUUGGAAUGACCAACCGACCAGAUCUGAUCGACGAGGCGCUUCUUCGACCUGGAAGACUGGAGGUGAAGAUGGAGAUAGGUCUGCCAGAUGAGAAGGGCCGCCUCCAGAUUCUUCACAUCCACACGGCCAGGAUGCGAGGACACCAGUUGCUCUCUGCUGACGUGGACAUUAAGGAGCUGGCCGUGGAGACCAAGAACUUCAGCGGGGCUGAGCUGGAGGGCCUGGUGCGCGCAGCACAGUCCACCGCCAUGAACAGACACAUCAAGGCCAGUACUAAAGUGGAAGUGGACAUGGAAAAAGCAGAGAGCCUGCAGGUGACCAGAGGAGACUUCCUUGCUUCUUUGGAGAAUGAUAUCAAGCCAGCAUUUGGCACCAACCAGGAGGAUUAUGCAAGUUACAUUAUGAAUGGCAUCAUCAAGUGGGGCGACCCAGUCACCCGCGUUCUGGAUGACGGGGAGCUGCUGGUUCAGCAGACCAAGAACAGUGACCGCACACCACUGGUGAGCGUCCUUCUGGAAGGCCCCCCUCAUAGUGGGAAGACUGCCCUCGCUGCCAAGAUCGCUGAGGAGUCCAACUUCCCAUUCAUCAAGAUCUGCUCUCCUGACAAGAUGAUCGGCUUUUCUGAGACAGCCAAAUGUCAGGCCAUGAAGAAGAUCUUCGAUGACGCAUACAAGUCCCAGCUCAGCUGUGUGGUUGUGGAUGACAUCGAGAGACUGCUCGAUUAUGUCCCUAUUGGCCCUCGAUUCUCCAAUCUUGUAUUGCAGGCUCUUCUUGUGUUACUGAAAAAGGCACCUCCUCAGGGCCGCAAGCUUCUCAUCAUCGGGACCACGAGCCGCAAGGAUGUCCUUCAGGAGAUGGAGAUGCUGCAUGCCUUCAGUACCACCAUCCAUGUGCCCAACAUCGCCACGGGAGAACAGCUGCUGGAGGCCUUGGAGCUUCUGGGCAACUUCAAGGACAAGGAGCGCACCAUCAUUGCGCAGCAGGUCAAAGGGAGAAAGGUGUGGAUAGGAAUCAAGAAGCUCCUCAUGUUGAUCGAGAUGUCCUUGCAGAUGGAUCCUGAGUAUCGUGUGAGGAAAUUCUUGGCCCUCUUAAGGGAAGAAGGAACGAGCCCCCUCGACUUUGAUUGAAUGUGGACAGUUUGCCACACAGUGACCAAGGGACAUGAUUGGGCUUACUGGCCUGGGACCUUCACCCCUUCCUCCAGACCCUGGAGGGAGCCGUUGUCUACCUUCAAUGCUGCAUGACUGCUGCGAUCACACACACACACACUCCACUCGCCCCCUGUGCUAGAGACUGCCUGGUGUCCUUGGCAGCGAACUGCUUUAGACGCUGUGCGUACCUUUCCCUGCUCAGUCCCUCUGUGGAACCUCCCGUGCAGGGACCCUAUGUGGUGUGGGCUCGGUUUGCGUGGCGAGCAUUGUGUGGUUACGGCGGCCGAUAGAAGGCAGACCUUCCCUGUGCGGGGCAGGGUGGCCAGACCGCUCCGGGAGACUCUUGCCGCCUUCCUGAACACACAGGGAAAUCAUCAGAGAUUUUCCCCCAAACGGGGCAGAAAUCAGGGCUUUGCACAUGCAGGAUGCUGUUCCCAGAGAUGUUUGCCAUCAGGAAGUCUUUCUUCUUAGAGAGUCAGGUGGUUACUGCGUUCCCUGUGGCUGCCCCUUCAUGAAGCUAAUUUGCUCCACGGUGCGAGAUGGUAUGGAAAAGCUACACCCCUGAACAGAAAGGAGGCUUCUAAUAGAGUGAUUUGCAAACCUCUGGGCACUAAUUAGCGUCCAACUCUAAGUGGGUCAGCUCCUUAGAAGGAAGUUAGAGGCUUGUUAGUGCGGCUGUUUUUAUUUUCUCCUUGGUGACUCACUUGGAAUGUGUCCUUGCGUUAAAUUCUCUGUGCUGUCUGGCACCUGCAGCAGUGCUCUUCUCCAGAACCGUAAGCCAUCCCCUAGCCACCUCCCCUCAGUCCUUGAAGGCCACCCCAGCACACGGAGCACCUUUCCUGGACCCCCACAUGCUCCCUGCAAUGGGAAGGGGACUCGUGAGCCCUGGCGUCAUCUGUCGUGUACCUACCUGAGAAGGAAUGCAGCCAUUUGUCGCAUUAGGUGAUGAGAGCUGUUGGACUCUCCCCCCUGCUGCUGAGACGCGAGGACACACGGCCAGAAGCCACCGGAGGCUGGUGCCACGGUGGCCCUGGGGCAUGGCCAUCACCUGCCCACGCUGGGAAGCAGAAACCCCACCCCCAGGUCUUGCCAUCUCUACUUUCGGUGGGACGCAUGAAUCCCAGCCACUCUGUUCUGGGACUCCCUCCCUCGCUCACCUUUUGACUUCUGAAGAUGUGGUUGUGUGGUUGUGUUGUGAAUUCUGUGACCCUGGUGGCCUGUGGUCCAGCUCCCUCCGGCUGUAUAAGAGCUCACCUCCUUCCAUGAACGCAGCACACAUUGUGUUAACUUGUGUCUCUUUGAAUGAGGUCAACGUCUUUGUGUUUCGUCCAGAACUAUAUUGAAAAAUAUAAAUAUUCUCUCAUGCAAAUUAAGGAAUGCAAUAAAGAGUAAAUAUACUUGAA